AUGACUUCAUCUGCAACGAUCUGCGUAAUUCGCGAGAAUUGUCUCUUGGGGGCGCCAAUCCAUCCUUGCAAGCCGGAGGAUCUCGAGUGCAUCUGCGAGCACGACCACUCGCUAGAAAAAAACUCACUCUUCGAUGCGCACUGCCUGUUUGAGGCAUGCCAUGAUGAGGUCGAUCGGGGAGUAUUCCUGCGUGACCUGACCAUUGCGUGCGAGCGGAGUGGCCGCCAGCUCGUCGACAUCCCGGAGGAGUGGCAACCGUAUCUGCCGUUCCCGGCCAUGACAAGAUCAGGAUCCGCCGUGCAGGCGCCGACGUCUGCGACUGCGGCUCUGGGUGUGACGUCGGUGGCUCUGAGCCUCAGCACUACUACAACAUCUUCUCCGACGUCAGUCCCUGGCCCUUCCUCAUCUGCUUCCCAGCCCCCAUCACCCACGCAAACAGUCACGACCAUGACAGCCAAAGGCUUGUCAUCAGGCGGAAUCGCGGCCAUUUGCGUAGUGACUGUGGUUUUGGUCAGCGUGCUUCUCAUUCUGACAUACCUGUACUGGAAGUCAAGAAGGGUCGCCAAAGCGAAGUUGGCAGAGAAUGCAAGGCUGAGGGACCAUUGCAGUACCGAAGGAUUCUCGCAGCGCAUCCGUGAAAUACUCGGCGAGGACGAGGCGACGAGCGUGGGGAACGCUUCUUCGUCUAAGAAUGCCUCAUCUACCGGGAACAGACUUCUGUCUGGGAACGUAUCAUCUUCCGAGACGAGAUCUUCUUCCGUUUAUUCACGACCUCAGUGA